AUGACGAAGGCUUCUAACUUGCCCCAAUGGAAGGAUAUGCCGCCUGUAGAGGGAAUGCCCCAUGGAACUGCAUGGAGAUUGUUUGAUAAGGACGGUGUGCGCGAUGAAGUCGGAACGCUGGACCUCCUGACGCCGGAGGUGGUAGUAGAGGCCGGAAAAGAGAUCAAGACGGGAAAGAGUGUUGUUCUGAACUGGGGUCUCGAACACGUUGCGGAGCCAGGAUUCGGGCGCAUCAAGCUCGAGCAUGAGGUCAUCGACUGGAGAAAGAUCCAGCACUUCUACUCGUACGAUGACGAGAUCAAGUUGAACCCACAAGCCGGGAGCCAAUGGGACGGAUUGCGUCAUUUCGGACAUAGUGAGACUGGCCUAUAUUACAACAACAUCCACCAUGAUGACUUGCUGGACACGGAUCGGAUUGGGAUAGACCACUGGAGCAAGCGGGGAGGCAUUGUCGGACGAGGAGUACUCCUAGACUACGUCAGGUACGUCGAACGCCACAGUAUCAAGUACAAUGCCAUGUCCAGCUACUGCAUUACGGUGGCCAACAUUGAAGCUAUGGCAAAGGAGGAAGGCGUAGAAUUCAAGCCCGGCAAUCUCCUGAUUGUGCGCAGCGGAUGGAUGAAUUGGUGCAAUGAGCACAGUGUGGAAGAUCGUAUCAAGUACAUUACGAACGGAAAAGAGUACGUUGGCGUUGAAGGUAGCGAGGAGUCCGUCGAAUGGCUGUGGGAUCAUCAUUUCUCAGCCGUGGCUGGAGACGCGAUUGGAUGGGAGGUAUGGCCUCCGCAACUUCCACGUCGGAUCCACGACCAUAUCGCCCUCUGGGGAAUGCCGAUUGGGGAGCUGUGGGAUUUGGAAGCGCUGGCGAAGGAGUGCGAGGCGCAGAAUCGGUGGAGCUUCUUCUUCACGAGCACGCCGUUAAACCUCAAAGGUGGCGUGUCGAGUACGCCGAAUGCGCUUGCAGUCUUCUAGGAAUCAGAAAUUGUGCUGCGAAAAAAAUAUGAAGAGGUUAGACGAGGGAUGGUGAUGGAUCGGAUAGAGAUCGGUUGAGAAGGAUGAAGGGC